AUGAAUAUGCUGUCAGUGAAGUACGUGAACCCGGAAAACGAUUUGGCACUCAAUCGCCACAAUAUCCGUCAAAUCAGUUGCGGUUUGUCUUACUUCUUAAUCCUUACAAUCGAUGGCGAUGUCUAUGGUUGGGGUGAUAAUAGACACGGACAGUUUGUCGCGGAAAUGGAUUGCUUAAAGAAAUUGGACUCAAAAUAUGUGGUCCAAUAUAUCAACGCAACCAUUGGUCAUGAAAAAUAUUAUUACAUAAUAAUGGAGUUGUGUUCCAAUAGUCUUACGAAAAUUCUUGAACACAAACCACAAGUAUUUCACCGAAAACCUGAAGAACUCAUGAAUUCAAUCGAGUUUUACAUUUCGUGUCAUAUAUUCAAAGAGCUCUUAGAGUGCGUCCAGUAUUUGCAUCAAUUGGAUCCACCGGUCAUUCACCGGGACCUCAAACCCGACAAUAUAUUAGUGGCACAAAACGUCACAAAUGGGCGGUAUUUUAAACUGGGUGACUUUGGUUUGGCGACAGUACACGACCGGAAUAUCCAUUCAAUGACUAAUAAUAAGCAUACGGGAGAUGUCGGCGACACUAGAUAUCAGGCGAUCAUGAAUUCAAUCGAGUUUUACAUUUCGUGUCAUAUAUUCAAAGAGAUCUUAGAGUGCGUCCAGUAUUUGCAUGAAUUGGAUCCACCGGUCAUUCACCGGGACCUCAAACCCGACAAUAUAUUAGUGGCACUAAACGUCACGAAUGGGCGGUAUUUUAAACUGGGUGACUUUGGUUUGGCGACAGUACACGACCGGAAUAUCCAUUCAAUGACUAAUAAUAGGCAUACGGGAGAUGUCGGCGACACUAGAUAUCAGGCGCCAGAAGUGGCUAAUUGUGCGAAAUAUGACCACAGGGUAGACAUCUAUAGUCUGUCCAAAAUCGGCGAAGAAAUCUUUGGUUUGAAUUUCAACGACAAACUAGGAUAUAAUGUACUCUUCAAGACAAACGAUGAUAAGGUCUACGGUUUGGGAUCUAAUAAAUUGGGAUCUCUUGGGUUGGGACACAAUGACUACGUAAGCGAACCCCAAUUGAUCCCAGAGUUAUGUCACCAGAAUAUACAGCGCGUAGACCCAGAAAAUGAGUUAUUUGUUAAACUCAAAAGUAUUGGUCAAAUAAGUUGUGGUUUGUAUCACUUGUUGGCCCUCACGAGUGAUAGCGAUGUCUAUGGUUGGGGUGAUAAUAGAGAGGGACAUCUAAAGAAGUUUAUUGAACACAAACGAGAAGUAUUUGGUAGAGAACCGCAAGAACUCAUCAAUUCAAUCGAGUUCUACAUAUCGUGUCAGUUAUUCAAAGAACUCUUAGAGUGCGUCCAGUAUUUGCAUCAAUUGGAUCCACCGGUCAUUCAUAGGGAUCUUAAACCCGAUAAUAUUUUGGUGGCUCGGGAUGUGAGGAACGGUAGGUUUUUAAAAUUGUGUCACUUUGGUUUGGCGACAAUACACGACAAGACUAUCGAUUCAAUGACUGCUACUAAACAUACGGAAGAUGUCGGCGAUAAAAGAUAUCAGGCUAAGGUUGAGACAUAUGUGUAA